AUGAACCAAUUUUUUCGUAAUAACACCCCAAUUGAUUUCGCUCAGUUCGAACAUUUAAGGCCACCCUAUCCAAUUUUUAUCACUUUACAAAGAAAUAUUUCCCGAAAAAGAAAAAGAAGUAAUCAAACAUUACCAUUACGCAUAAAUUCUUUUUUAAUCUAUCGUAAUACUAUGGUAGACUUGAAUAAAAAUCAAACGAAAAAAUGCGAUAUGCCAACGUUAUCAAAGAUUGCUUCUGAGUUUUGGAAAAAAGAAACAAAGCAAGUCAAAGACUACUACAAGCAACUAGCCAAGGAAGUAAAUAACUAUCAACACCAAAGAUCUACUAUUACUUGUCAAUCAAUCUCGCAACAAGAUUUUUUCUACCAAGGCGCGGCUUUCGAUGCUUCUCAAGGAUCCACUAUUAUUUAUCCACCACCACAAGAUUCCUUCUACCAAAACGCGGCUUCCGAUGCUUCUCAAGGAUCAGAUUCCUUCUACCAAAACGCGGCUUUCGAUGCUUCUCAAGGAUCCACUGUUGCUUAUCCACCGCCACAGGAUUUUGGCGCGUCUUCAGUUACUGGUUCUCCAUCAGAGUUAAAUGUGUCAAAAAUGAAAGAAACUACAAUUUCAGUUAAUUUAAACUUUUAA